UUUCCUGGGCCUCCAUUUACAUGCCGACCCAAGCUGUUCUGUUGCCCUGUCGCCGAGAGCAACUACUCACAUUUGCCUCGAAGCUUUGUCAACCCUGGCCGUCACUUGAUGAACCUUCAGCUUCGAUCAUUCCUCGAGUGUGCCGACGACCCCAAGCUCGAGAUUCCAAAAUGCGACGUAUCCCACAUCGUUGAAGUGACAACUAGAGUUCUGCAUAAUCCCUCCGCUGGUCAAUCGGACAGUCAGCUGCCGCAAGAACAAUGGAAUGUUCGGGCAAGCAUGGGCUACAAAGAACCCUUUGCCAUCAACACUCCACCACUUGAGGAGGAAGAGGGGGUGUGCAUUGCCAUGCAUGAUCAAGACAUGCAAGAGGACAUACCAUAUUCUACAUACCAGGCCAUGUCAACUCGUCACUUCACCACUCAAAGUAGUAACAAAGCGUGGCAAAUCCCUCCCCAUUCACGACAAUAUCGAGACUCUCACCCGGAGCCAUAUCACACUAGGAGCCGGACUGAAAGAUAUAUGGAGAUCCCACCUUUCAAAAGUAUGCCCUACACGUCAGAUGGAUCUUCGUCAAUGACUUCAGGAGCAAUGUCAGCCCGUCCAUGGAUACCUUCUUGCAGCAUGCUGAUGUGGUGCACCCGCCACAACAUGUUCUACGAGGUCCACGUGCUAUCAUGA